AGGAAGGCGGUGUGAUUAGGUGGAGGCAGAAGCGACUUGCGAGCAGCGUGUGCGGGAAUUGGCAUCUCAGUUCCAGCAGCAGGAGCAAGCAGCAGUGACUGGGAGAGAAGGAGCAGCGGAUUGAAAAGCACCAGCCAUUUACCUCCAACAGCCAAAUUCCAAGCACCAACAAUGUUACAAACCAGGAUUUUCCUAACCGGGCUACUCUUUAUUAGCACCGCAGAAGCCACACUGCAAGUUGAUAUCGUGCCAUCCCAAGGAGAGGUCAGUGUGGGAGAUUCCAAAUUUUUUCUAUGCACUGCGACUGGAGAUGUUAGCAGCAUUUCCUGGUAUCUGCCAGAUGGUAAAAAAAUUGAUCCAAAUCAACAACGGAUUGCUGUUGCAAGAGUUAAUGAAAUAUCCUAUAGUCUGACUCUCUACAGUGCCCAGAUUGAUGAUGCUGGUAUUUACAAAUGUGUGGCAACGUCAAAAGAUGGAAACGAAUCAGAGGCUACGGUUAAUGUUAAGAUCUACCGGAAACUUGAAUUCAGACAUGCCCCUUCACCACAAGAGUUCAAAGUGGGUGAUGAUGCAGUUGUCAUUUGUGAUUCUGUUAGCUCACCUCCACCUACCAUCACAUGGAAGCACAGAGGUAGAGAUGUUCUAAUGAAGAAAGAUGAUCGUUUUAACAUGCUGCCCAACAACUACUUGCAAAUUCGCCACAUUAAGAAGACAGAUGAAGGGACUUACAGAUGUGAAGGAAUAAUUGCUGCCCGUGGUGAAAUCAAAUUCAAGGAUAUAAGGGUUAUUGUUAAUGUUCCUCCCAGUAUACAUCCCCGAGACAUGGUGGUGAAUGCCACAGCACAUAGUGGUCAGCCCGUGACAUUAGUUUGUGAUUCGGAUGGAUUCCCACAGCCAGAGGUGACCUGGAUGAGAGACGAUGUGGUAAUUGAAGCAGAUGGGGAUAAAUACAUUAUGAAUGAAGAUGGCUCUGAACUCACAAUAAACAAAAUCAGUAAAAGAGAUGAUGGUGACUACAUCUGCAUUGCACAGAAUAAGGCUGGAGACGCUGAGCUGGAGAUCACCCUCCAAGUGUUCGUGAAACCUGAAAUUACAUAUGUAGAAAACAAGACCGCAGUAGAGCUUGAAGAGCAGAUUACAUUGACCUGUGAGGCCAAAGGUGACCCUACCCCAACCAUCGUUUGGAUGAAAGGUGCCCACACUUACAAGGAUGGAGAACAGGCUUCAUGGACACGGCCCGUGACUCGAAAGACUGUGGAUGGAAGAAUUGAAGUUCAAAGCCAUGCAAGAGUUUCCUCCUUGACUCUCAAGGACAUUCAGCACACAGAUUCUGGAGAAUAUAUCUGCAAGGCUAAGAAUUCAAUUGGUCAGGAUUCUGAGACCAUGUACUUGGAAGUGCAGUAUGCACCAAAGCUGCAAGGCACGGUGACUGUCUACACCUGGGAGGGAAACGCUGUGAAUAUUACCUGUGAGGUUCUGGCUCAUCCUGUGGCUCUUGUGACCUGGUUUAGAGAUGGACAGCAAUUGCCAAGCUCCAACUACAGCAGCAUAAAGAUCUAUAGCACACGAUCCACCAACUACCUUCAGGUCACACCUGAUUCAGAAAAUGACUUUGGCCCAUACAACUGUACUGCAAGCAACCGUGUAGGCGUGGAAUCUAAAGAAUUUAUCCUAGUGCAAGCUGAGACCCCAUCUGCUCCCACCAUCCUGGAUACCAUACCCUAUUCCAGUACUGUGCAGGUUAAGGUCGAAGAACCCGAAUCAACUGGUGGUGUUCCAAUUCUGAAAUACUUAGUGGAAUGGAAAGUGAAGGACACUGAAGAAUGGUUCACUAAGAAUGCUGAUGCAAGGGAAGUCCUAGCUUCAGACAAUGUGAUUACGGUGAGUGGACUAACACCAGAAACCAUGUAUAAUCUGCGAUUAUCUGCUAUCAAUGGAAAGGGAAUCGGUGAUGCCAGCCAGAUCGCUGAGUUCAAGACAGAGCCAGUUCGAGAACCAAGUCCACCAAAACUUGAAGGAAAAGUGCUCGGAAGUGGGAAUGUUUUCAAAGUAAACUGGAUCAAGCAGGAUGACGGUGGUUCCCCUAUCCGCCAUUAUUUGGUCAGAUACAAAGCUAAACAUCACUCGGACUGGAAACCUGAGAUGCGAUUACCAUCUGACAGUGAAUAUGUUAUUCUCGCAAACCUGGAAUGGAACUCUGAGUAUGAAGUUUAUGUUGUUGCUGAGAACCAGCAAGGCAAGUCAGAAGCUGGUUCCGUCUCCUUCUGGACCUCGAUAGAACCCACUGUCAUUCCAGCUGAUCCAUCAGAUGGUUCAGGUCUGGGGACCGGUGCCAUUGUUGGCAUUCUCAUUGUCGUCUUCCUCAUCUUGCUCGUUGCUGUCGAUGUCACCUGCUACUUCAUUAAUAAGUGUGGCCUGCUGAUGUGCAUUGCUGUUAAUUUCUGUGGGCAGCCUGGUCCAGGAUCCAAGGGCAAGGACAUGGAAGAAGGAAAAGCUGCUUUCUCAAAAGACGAAUCAAAGGAGCCGAUUGUGGAGGUACGGACUGAGGAAGAACGAACUCCCAAUCAUGAUGGUGGAAGCCAAACUGAGCCCAAUGAAACCACACCAUUGACAGAGCCUGAGCAUGCAGCAGAUACCCAGGCUACUGUCGAAGACAUGUUGCCUUCUGUCACCACAGUAACCACUAACUCUGACACUAUCACUGAAACUUUUGCCACUGCUCAAAACAGUCCAACGAGUGAAACGACUACACUCACAUCCAGUGCUGCACUCCCAGCCUCAACCACACCUGAGCCAUCACCAGCUUCAGCUGCCCCACCUCACUCACCCAAGGCAGCUGUAGCAUCGCCCACUUCACCUUCCACCAAGUCUCAAGCUGAGACAGUAUCCAUUGUUGCGCCCCUUGUUGAUCUUAGUGAUGCCCCAGUCUCUGUUUCUGCAACUCCUCCUUCUGCCCCCGUCUCUGUUUCUUCACCGCCUUCUUCCGCCCCAACCUCCAGUAAUCCAGUCUCAAACGUCAAUUCCAACCAAGCUUCUGCCCCACCAGUAGCCAGAACAGCAGAGGAGGUGACAAAAGAUCCUGCUAAUAACAAACCUGGCCCAGUUCCCAGCCCCGGAAACCCAGCCAGCCCCCCGGCUACUUCAGCACAGCAACAAUCCAAGCCAGAAGCUCCAACGACUACCAAGAGCCCAGAAAUAGAAGCUGCAAAACCUAACCCAGUGAAGAGCCCUGUGGAGCCAACAAAUAACUCCACCAGUGUGAAGAACGAGGCUGCUACAGACAGCAGCAAAAAACCCUCCCAGGGUGAGGACUUUCCAGUUGACGGAGGGACCUUCAAGACCUCAGACAUUGACCUUGCAAAGGAUGUUUUUGCAGCUCUUGGCACUUCUUCUCUUCCCACUAUGGCUGGUGGGAAAGCUGCUGACCUUGCUCCUUCCAUUGCAGACGCCGCUUUACCAUCUGCUCCGGCAAAGGAAGAGAAGGUCCCAUUAGAGGACAAGCCCAAACAAGAGGGGACAGAAGUAAAGACGGUUCCUAAUGAAGCCUCACAAACAAAUGAGAAUGAAAGCAAAGCAUGAUCAAAAAAAAAACACAGAAACCGGUUUCCCUUCAGUGUCUCUUUUAUUAUUUUUGAACAUGUUUUCCUGUUUGUAGGUUUCAGCUGAGAAGGGGAUCAAUUGUGGCACACUUGCUUUUUCUAAAAUUCCUUGAUUAGAGGGUUGACCACGUAAUUGAAAUUGGUACUUGUUGGAAACAAAACAACCUGGGAUAUUUUAAUUGUAGUUGCCAUUUUUCACUGCGCUUAGCAACAAUUGUGAUUUUUAGAUAACGUGUGCAUUCUUCAGUUAGAAAGCACUGAGAUACUCCUUCCGUUUCUCCCUCUGUUAGUAGAAUGAACAGUUGAAACAAAAGAGAGAGUUUUCGGUACAUACCUGUAGAAAUGGCCACAACUGAUUUUUAUCUUCUUACUUUUUUCAAAGUUAAAAAUUAUACUGAUUAAAACACAGCUUUAUAAAUUACCAUUGUAAGGCUAGAAACGUGAUUGCUUCACCGUUCAUACAAGUACAUUAUGUGCACAAAGCAUUGCUAUCUUAACCUGUUUAUAAUUUUUUUAUUUGCAAGUUUUGAUCCUGAGUUAGGUGUUCACUAAACAGAAGGUUUGUAAAUUUGCAUAUGUGAAGUAUAUUUCAAUUUGCAGUAUUCAAUUUUAAGAAAUGAAUAUUAAUUUUUGCCAACUUUUAUUUUCAGUGUUUAUUGGUUUAAGACUGCAAACCAUAAUUGUUUAACCUUUACAUGUUAUAAUUGUGUGUAAAUGUAACAGGCUUUGUUUUGUUUUAUUUCAAAGCUUGUUUAAAAUGUCCAUAGUUUAGCUUGUUUGCUUUUGCCACUUUUAUUUUGAAUGGAAGUGUUUACAUUGCUUUUCCUUGUUACUCUUCGGUUAGAAUAUGCAUUGAUUAUUUGAUCUACCAGAAAGACCUUGUUAUAUCAUAUGCUUACACACCAUAUUAAGACCAGUUUUCUCCAUUAAAGUCUGAUAUUCAUUUAUGUUAAUUGUUCCUUGCUUGUUUCCACAGCAAAACGCCUUCCAUUCUUGCAGCUAUGAAAGGAAUUAUGUAGCGCAUUUCUGUUUCUGAAGCAAUGUUUCAACUUUUUAGACUGCAAGCUUGUGCACUGUGAAUGCGUGAAUAUUAUAGUGUGUUUUUGUCAUAGUAUUUCAAAGAAAUUCAGCAUAGCUUGGUUGUGAAAGGUGUAGCAGGUAGUUCUGAAGAUUGUGUGGGAAAAUGCCAUCACUGUGGUGGGGGGGGAAUUAAAAAGAAUAUAAGGGGAGGCAGACAUUUUUGGGCAUGAAUUCCAUGUGUUCUAAGUUUUAUUGCCUGUAAUGUUUAACAAUGAUGGUAAGACUGGGAGCAGUCCCCAUUAGCACAAUCGAAUGGGGCUUUAUUAUUUCAUGUACUUUUAUUUUGUGUGCAGUCUCAGUCCAGUAAUGAUCGCAUUGCUAAUUUGUAAGUUCAAACUGUGAAAUACUGGUCUUGUCAUUUGCUUCAAGUGUUUGCAUAUAUUCAACGUUAGGGAUGACACUGGAGGCACUUCUCAAGUCACCCAUUUAAUAAUUAAGGUGUGCCCUAUGUACCAAUGUGACUUGCUAUACCAGAUCAUUUUUGGGCAUGUUUACUACAAUGGCAUCACAGCAAAAACAAAUGGCAUUUUUAUUCCAAAGCUGCCUUAUAUUAAGCCCUAUCCUAAUACAAUUACCCAGCGAUACGUAAACCUGUUACUUGCUGUAAUAUUUGUGCUGGCAUUAAAAAUGGGACAAAGUUUACACGGAUCAUUGCAGUGAUCUCGUAGAAAGUGAAUGUUUGUUGUCUUACUGUGCCAUCUACCACAUCUUUAGUGAAAGGUAACUUAAUGUAAUUAAAAGGGCAGAGGAUUUUCUCCUGUGUUGAUUGUAGUAAAAUUAUAAAUGCAUUUAUUAAAAAAAAAAUACAUUUACCCAUUUGCUUCAAAUGGCCAGUAGAGGAAAUCAUCCCCUUGAUUCAAAACAUAUGACUCUACCACCUAGAAGGACAAGGACAGCAGAUUAAUGGCAACAUUGCCACUUGCAAGUUCCCCUUCAAGCCACUCACUGUCCUGAUUUGGAAUUAUUGUUAUCACUUCACUGUCUCUGGGUCAAAAUUCUGGAUCACUCUCUCUGAUAGCUGUGUAGGUGUACCUGACUAGAUGGACUGCAGCAUUAAAGAAGGUGACUCACCACCCUCUUCUCAUGGGUAGUUAGAAAUGCGUAACAAAUGUAGGCCUUGCCAGCGACACCCGCAUCUUGAAAUUAUUCUUAAAGAUUCCUUUUCAGAAUUUCAAACAUGGUUCACAUCAUAAGUACAUUGGCCAAGGUUUUAAACUUCUGGAAUCAGCUGUGAGUUCCUUGCCUAGUCACAUCAAUGGGCAGAAAAUCAGGGGCUAUUUAGCACUGAAGAGGAAAAGCCUAGCCCUUGUGCCUUGACUGAAUAAGGGGUCAAAUAUAAAAUAGCCUUAUGACUUUCUUGUGUAAAUGCAAAAGGCCAGAAUUCAUCUCAUGUACCCUACAAAGAUUAAAAACUCCAACCUCCACUGUCAGCCCUAAUUAGAAUACCCUGCAUUUAGAGCCUUCUCUCCUGUUACAGAACUUUUUAUUGAGUGAAGAUUAAACCACCUUUCCACUAUCACUGGUGUAAAUACUGACUACUAACCGAGAUUUUUGAAUUUGCAUUAUGUCAGAUACUUGUGUUCAAUAAAAAUUACAAAACAA